AUGGCGCUGGACAGCCUGUUGGUCUUCUUCUGGUGGCUGCAGGGGCGGAUCCCUGCGAGCUCCGUCCACGCCGGGCUGCUCAGGGUCGGCUUCGGCAGGCACGCCGGCCUCACCUACCAGCAGGCGCGGAGCCAGGAGCCCGCGUUCUGCAGGUGGCAUCUGGAGCAGGCGGCGCGAACGCCGGCCGAAGAGAAGUUCGCCCAGUGGCUGAGCGGCCAACGGAUAAUCUGCAGAAUGAGUUCGUCCAGUUCCUGA